AUGGCCGAAGAUGUUGAGAAGAUUCUCCCGGCGCUGGAAAAUGUCACAGAUUUCAUACUCGCAGGCCAUGGUAUGGGUGCGAAGAUUGCCCAAAUCGUUGCCAGUGGUGAGCCUAAAGGUCUGAUAGGCCUGGCUCUUAUCAACCCUGUGCCAGCAUCACCCUGGAUCUUGUCCAGCCCGAAGAUGGAAAGGCUAUAUGGAUCCUGCGAAGCCAAGACUGAAGCCCUUGACUUUGCGAAUGGUGUCCUCAGUGCCCAUCCGGGUUCACUCACGGUGUCCGACCUGGACAAAAUCAGUGCCCACGCAAUAAAACAAGAUACUGCAUUAACGAUAGCCUGGCUGAGAGAAGGCUCUGAAGGAAAAGAGGGCGACUGGUCGGGGGCAGUCGACAAGAUCAAAGUGCCCGCAAUGGCAAUUGCUGGAAAAUCCGACAGAUUGAUAAGCGUACAAACCAUCAAGGACGAGGUGUAUGGCAAGAUCUACGGGUGUAUCAUGGUGGAAGUUGAAGACGCUGGACAUCUGUUGCCGCUAGAGAGACCGAAGAAGCUGCUCGAGGAGCUUCAGGCUUUUGUCGAUGCAUGUGUUGACGUACGCAAAAAUGAUGGUUUGAGGUCAGGGUCACUCCUCUACCAGGGCUUCUGUGUGGCAAGAGAGUCAAAUUACAAUAAUUUCAUGAGGACGCAAGGGUUAGAAUCACGGUAG